AUGGCCGGAAGAAUCAGGAAUGGAGCAACUUUUGCCACCGGUCUGUGGAAAACCCUUUUUAGACCGGCAGCCUCCUCCUCUCCCGUCAUUCCUGCUGCUGCUGAUUCUGUAGCCAGGCGAGCUUUAACAACCGGUAGUCUCACCGGAGAUGGUUCUGUGAGGACGGAGAUCACCACCUCUCACACCGCAAAAUGGAUGCAGGAUACCAGUCGGAAGUCUCCGAUGGAAUUGAUCAAUGAAGUUCCACCUAUUAAGGUUGAAGGCAGAAUUGUUUGUUGCGAAGGAGACAGUAAUCCUGCGCUUGGACAUCCUAUUGAAUUCAUAUGUCUUGAUCUGGAUGCACCAGCUGUAUGCAAGUAUUGUGGUUUACGCUAUGUUCAGGAUCAUGGUUAUCACCAUCACUAG